CCCCAAAAUAGAAUUAUCAAAGGGUACCCAGAAAAAUAGAAAAGAGGUGAGCCCAAAUUUAUUCGAAGUUGACGAAAACAUUCAAGGGUAUUUUUAUCAGAUGUCCCCGAAGGGUAUUACAGUAAUUCCAUAUUCGCCCACCUGCCACAUUACCUCCAAACUCCAAAGUAAAGUACAAAUUCGAGGGAAUAGAUUCCAAUUUCGUUGGAACAUUUCAUCAAACACCAUAGCUUCCAUCCUUUUUCCAUGCAAAUGCAAUGCAGCCACUCAGAAACCCGAAUCUAUCUUCACCACUACGUCACUUUCUCUUCAGAUUCAGAGUCAAACCCAAUCCUCAUGAUUCACCAUCACUGUCACUGAAGAAUCUCAAUCCAUAUCUUCACAGAACUCUCUGCGCUUCUUCUUAUACGACAUCAUCAUCUUCUCCCACGCCUUGUGAAUCCGAUUCCAACGAUGUAAAACCCUCCGUUCACAUCGAUGCAGGAUCGUCAAACCGCAAACCAAUUAGUCUAUGGCCUGGGAUGUUCCAUUCCCCUGCUACACACGCUCUCUGGGAGGCCAGAUCCAAGAUCCACGAGUCCCCCAUCCUUCCCAAUGGCAAAAGCUUAGAAACCGUUGCGAAAUCGCCGUCAAGAAGCAGGACUAGCAUAUACUACAACUUCUCUUCGGAUCACAUACUUCGCGAGCAGUAUAGGAACCCAUGGAACCAUAUCAGGAUGGGGAAGCUCGUCGAGGAUUUCGACGCUCUUGCUGGAACAAUUGCAUUCAAGCAUUGCAGCAACGAAGAUGGAGCUACGAGGCCUCUAUUAUUGGUGACUGCUUCUGUUGACAAAAUGGUUCUGAAGAAACCGAUCCAUAUUGAUGAAGAUUUGACUAUCGCUGGUGCGGUUACUUGGGUUGGAAGGUCAUCCAUGGAGAUUCAAGUCGAACUCACUCAGUUUACAGAAGGGAAUGAGAAAAUCCAAGAAUCACCUAAACUUGUGGCCAACUUCACGUUUGUGGCUCGGGACUCUGCCACCGGAAAGGCAGUCCCAAUUAACCAGGUCUUACCUGAAACUGAGAAAGAAAAAUUGCUAUGGGAAGAAGCAGAGAAGAAUAGCAAGUUAAGGAAACAAAGGAAAACAGAAGAGAAACAUGGAAAUGAUGGUGACACUGGAAAAAGGCUCAGUGCACUAUUGGCAGAAGGGCGUAUAUUCAGUGACAUGCCAGCAUUGGCCAACAGAGACAGCAUCCUCAUGAAGGAUACUUGUCUCCAAAAUUCUUUUAUCUGCCAGCCACAGCAGAGGAACAUCCAUGGCCGAAUCUUUGGGGGUUUCUUGAUGAGAAGAGCCUUUGAAUUAGCCUUCUCAACAGCUUAUGCCUUUGCUGGUGUGGCACCUCAUUUCUUGGAAGUUGAUCAUGUUGAUUUUGUUAAGCCUGUGGAUGUUGGAAAUUUUCUUCGUCUCAAGACUUGUGUGCUGUACACUGAACUAGACAAUCCAACAAAACCUCUGGUGAAUGUUGAAGUUGUUGCACACGUUACCAAGCCUGAACUACGGUCCAGUGAGGUAUCCAACAGAUUCUACUUUACAUUCGGUGUUGAUUCUGAGGCCAUUAGAAAUGGAUUGAGGAUUAGAACCGUUGUUCCUGCUACAGAAGAGGAAGCACGAAAGGUACUUGAACGCAUGGAUGCCGAGCGUGAGGACUCCUAGUUUUAGUUAAUCAGGACAUGAACCUACUUGUCAUUAAAGAGAACAAGGUUAUACAGAAAAAAAAGAACCUGUUUAAUUGUUUCUUGAAGAAUUUUAUUAUGUCCGAAAUGUCCGCUGUGUAUUGGAUCUACAAGACCAAUAUUUAUUAAUUCUUAAUUCUGUGGAACAUGAAGCUACUUCUCCA